AUGGAAAUAGAACAGAAUAAUCAGCUUCCCUUUUUAGACGUGUUAGUUAAAAAGAACGAAGACGGCACCUUAGGCCAUCGGGUUUAUCGAAAACCAACACAUACGGAUCGUUACCUCCAUGCCACCUCUCAUCAUCACCCGGCUCAGAAGAAUUCUGUCAUCAGUUCAUUAAUAUACAGAGCCUUAACAAUUUCUGAACCAACUUCCCUGAAUGAAGAAUUAGAACAUCUCAACCAAGUCUUGAUCAAGAAUGGGUACAACACCAAAGACAUCCAUCGAACAACUGAAAGGCUGAAAAAUAAAAUCUCCAGUACUACAAAUAUGAAUGCAUCAAGUGAAAAAGAAGAAGAAGAAAAACAAGAUAAUAAAAAAUGGACGAUCCUUCCGUAUCUUCAGGGUACAACAGAACGCAUUAGCAGGAUCCUGGGUAAACACAAUAUCAAAGUAAUUUCCAAACCUCAAAAUAAGAUUGCACAACUACUUCCUAAUCCCAAGGACCGGAGACCACACUUAGAAACACCAGGUGUAUACAGGAUUCCUUGCUCCUACGGAAAAGUGUACAUAGGAGAAACUGGGAGAAAGAUCAGUACACGAAUUAAGGAACACCAACGGAGUGCCAGGUACUGCCAUUUUAGUCAAUCAGCCUUGGCAGAACAUUGGAUGGAGACGGGACACUCGGUACAAUACGACAAAGCAACCAGACUAGCCCCCUCGCAAAGCUAUUUUGCCAGAAAACAUCGUGAAGCCCUAGAAAUUCUGAAACAUCCCGACAACCUCAACCGCGACAAAGGUUAUCAAACAAACCCUAUUUGGCACACUGCUAUUAAUAUACACUCACACCACUAG